AUGAGGGUUUGUGUCGAGGAUGACGGUCAAAGCCCCAAUGACACGCUCCCGUCGCCGACAGUCGCCACAGAGCCGGUCGAGCGAUGGAAUCAGCCGCGGCGCAACCUCUACAAGUCUGCAGCAAGCUUCUGGGCUUUCAUCAUCAUGGGCCUCAACGACGCGACCUACGGAGCUAUAAUCCCCUACCUCCAGACCUACUACGACCUCCCAUACGCCGUCAUCUCGCUGGUAUUCCUAUCGCCAUUUGUCGGCUACGUCGGUUCUGCUUUGCUGAACAACAUGAUCCAUCUAAGAUUCGGACAGCGUGGCAUAGCCUUCCUCGGGCCUCUCGGCCACCUGACAGCUUACAUUGUGAUUGCUGUCCACCCACCCUAUCCCGUCUUGGUGAUCGCCUUCAUUCUGGCAGGAUUCGCGAACGGAUUGGAGGACGCUGGGUGGAAUGCUUGGAUGGGAGCCAUGGCCAAUGCCAACGAGAUCCUUGGCUUCCUUCAUGCCUCCUAUGGGGCUGGUGCUACUAUCGCCCCUCUGAUCGCCACGACAAUGAUCACCAAGGCUGACUUGCCCUGGUAUUACUGGUAUUACUGCAUGAUCGGCUUCGCUUGUAUCGAAUUCGCGUCCUCGCUGCAUGCUUUCUGGCACGAGACUGGAGCCAAGUAUCGAGAGGCGCAUGCAAGACUGUCAGGUCAAGAAGGAUCGAGAUUGAGAGAAGCUAUCUUCAAGAUGCCGGCAGCCAGGACAACGUGGCUCUGCGCUUCUUUCCUGCUCUGCUACAUGGGUGUUGAAGUGGCACUUGGUGGCUGGAUCGUGGAGUUCAUGAUUCGAGUGCGACACGCGGCCAAAUUCCCAAGCGGUAUGUCCGCCACUGGAUUUUGGCUCGGCAUGACUGUAGGUCGCAUAGUCCUCGGCUUCGUUACUCCAAAGAUUGGCGAGACGCUGUCCAUCAUGAUCUACCUCCCCAUUGCCGUUGGCCUGGAGCUACUAUUCUGGCUUGUCCCCCAAUUUUACGUCUCGGCUGUCGCGGUGGCACUUCAGGGCUUCUUCUUAGGUCCCAUGUUUCCAGCUGCUGUCGUAGCAUGCACAAAGCUACUCCCGAAGCACCUCCAUGUGUCAAGCAUUGGCUUUGCAGCAGCUUUCGGAGGCAGCGGCGGAGCUAUCUUUCCCUACGCUGUAGGUGCCAUUGCGCAGGCGAAGGGUGUACAGGUUCUACAGCCGAUAGUGCUGGCGCUUAUGGCUGUAUGCUGGCUGCUUUGGCUUGCGUUGCCGAGGAUCAAUAAGAAGAAAGAGUGAGCAAAGACAAUAUGACCUGCAAUGUAUUACGACGCGCGUAUCAUCAGCUACAAUGCAAGAGACCAACGACAGUGAAGAAACGUG